AUGGACAACUUAUUAACCAAGAAGAAGGAGAAGAAGGACAAGGAUGAGCGACAGCAUCGUAGUGAGAAGAAAGUCAGCAUGCCGUCUUUCGGCAAGUCUGCUGGCUCAAAAUCGAAAGACCGGACUUCGAAUAAGCAAGGACCACAGACAGCACCUAAGCCAGCCAGGUUCGAAUCCACCAUCGAAUCAGCUCCACUAGUCAUGUAUGGCAGCCCUUCACAGUCAUCCGGGGCUCUACUUUCAACUCAGAUCAAGCUGGUCGUCCAAGAUCCUUCAGGUCAGGUCACAUUGACGAGGUGGAAGCGAACACUGCGAGCCAUUGAGACGAGCAAGAGGCCAGUCCAUCGAGAUUGCAAAGCUUGUACUGAGCGAGUUGAGAUUCUCUCAGAAGCAGAAAUCAUCUCGAAACCGAAGACUUACUCUGCCUCCGAUGACAACACCGUUCCGUUCCAGCAUCUAUUCAAUGGGCGGCUUCCGGCCUCUACAGUGACUCAGCUCGGCUCAGUUAUGUACGAGCUGGUGCUCGAGGCAACGACCUCGGAAGGUCAAGAGAUAACCUACCAGAAGGAGUUGAUACUGCACCGAGCAAUCCCAGAAGGCCAACUGAAAUCAUCAAUCAGGAUCUUUCCACCAACAAACCUCACAGGCCGCGUACAGCUUCCUCCUGUCGUCCAUCCUAUCGGCCAGUUCCCGGUAACGAUGACUCUAUCAGGCGUCGUGGAGAAGAAGCCAUCAGCGUCAACGAGAUGGCGGUUACGGAAGUUGAUGUGGCGCGUAGAGGAGCACAGCAAAGUCACAUCGUCACCCUGCAGCAAACAUGCCAGCAAAGUGCCCGACGGAAAAGCAGUUCAGCACACCGACACACGCGUCAUCGGAUCUGACGAAAUCAAGAGCGGGUGGAAGACCGAUUUUGACACCAUUGGCGGCGAGAUCAAUAUCGAAUUCGAUGCCAGCGUUGCCACCAAGCCCACCCACAAGCCAGUCUGCGACAUGGAAUCUGCUUCCGGCAUCAGCGUUACACACAAUCUCGUUCUCGAGCUCAUCGUGGCUGAAGAAUUCUGCGCGAACAAGAACCCUUCAGUCAUCACACCCACGGGAGCCGCUCGCGUUCUGCGCAUGCAGUUCGGCCUCAACGUUACUGAAAGAGUCGGCAUGGGCAUUAGCUGGGACGAGGAGAUGCCACCCGUCUACGAAGAUGUCCCAGACUCGCCUCCCGGGUAUGGCCUGCCACGCCGUCGCAGCCACGAUAGUGCCGAGGCCGGCGCUGAGAUCCUGGACUAUGAAGGACCUGAGCUCGAAUACACCGACCUGGAGCGUCUGCCCAGCACUGAUCCUAGCAUGCCUCCUGUCUAUCGUGAGCGCGCUGAACCAACAGUCCCGGCUAUUGCAGAGGAUGGUCCGAGCAUCUUGACUCGGCGCAUCGGUGGAUUCUCUCUGGACGAUAUUUCCGCAGAGCACCCCGCGUACCGACGUCGCAGCAGCGCCGAGGCGGAAAGCACAGACAAUGCCGCGGAGGAUAUUGACUACGCUGAAGGCUCUGCAAAUUAG